AUGAUUAUGUUGCGAAUAAAAACUUUAUUGAAGACCGUACGUUCGCUUACCUUUUUUGAGUUUCAGGGGCCUGGGCCUUCGAUCAGCGGUAGAUUUGGCCCUUCCAGCAUAUCUUUCUUCACUUUCUUUCAGUCGCUCUCUCUGGAUCAGCAUGACCUCGCCUGUCUACUAUCUGCUUCACAACUGAGCAGUGGCGCCUGGCUCAACGCACUGCCUUCUUCAUCUACCGAAAAAGAAAGCAUUAGUUUCAACUUCCGCCGCACCGCCUAUUCCUCCACCGCACCACCUAUUCUUUUGCCGCACCGCCUAUUCUUCCGCCGCGCCGCCUGUUCUUCCGCCGCGCCGCCUGUUCUUCCGUGGCGCCGCCUAUUCUUCUGCCGAACCAUAUUUUCUUCCGCCGCGCCGCCUAUUCUUCCGUCGCGCCGCCUAUUCUUCCGUCGCGCCGCCUAUUCUUCCGUCGCACCACCUUUUCUUCCGACGCCUAUUCUUCCACCGCGCCGCCUAUUCUUCCGUCGCGCCGCCUUCUUCUUCUGCCGAACCACCUUUUUCUUCCGUCGCGCCGCCUAUUCUUCCACCGUGCCGCCUAUUCUUCCGUCGCGCCGCCUAUUCUUCUGCCGAACCACCUUUUCUUCCGUCGCGCCGCCUAUUCUUCCGUCGCGCCGCCUAUUCUUCCGUCGCGCCGCCUACUUCCGUCGCACCACCUUUUCUUCCGCCGCCUAUUCUUCCACCGCGCCGCCUAUUCUUCCGUCACGCCGCCUAUUCUUCUGCCGAACCACCUUUUCUUCCGUCACGCCGCCUAUUCUUCUGCCGAACCACAUUUUCUUCCGUCGCGCCGCCUAUUCUUCUGCCGAACCACCUUUUCUUCCGUCGCGCCGCCUAUUCUUCCGCCGCGCCGCCUAUUCUUCUGCCGAACCACGUUUUUCUUCCGCCGCGCCGCCUAUUCUUCCGUCGCGCCGCCUAUUCUUCUGCCGAACCACCUUUUCUUCCGUCGCGCCGCCUAUUCUUCCGUCGCACCACCUUUUCUUCCGCCGCCUAUUCUUCCACCGCGCCGCCUAUUCUUCCGUCACGCCGCCUAUUCUUCUGCCGAACCACCUUUUCUUCCGUCGCGCCGCCUAUUCUUCCACCGUGCCGCCUAUUCUUCCGUCGCGCCGCCUAUUCUUCUGCCGAACCACCUUUUUCUUCCGUCGCGCCGCCUAUUCUUCCGUCGCGCCGCCUAUUCUUCCGUCGCACCACCUUUUCUUCCGCCGCCUAUUCUUCCACCGCGCCGCCUAUUCUUCCGUCACGCCGCCUAUUCUUCUGCCGAACCACCUUUUCUUCCGUCGCGCCGCCUAUACUUCUGCCGAACCACCUUUUCUUCCGUCGCGCCGCCUAUUCUUCCGCCGCGCCGCCUAUUCUUCAGCCGAACCACAUUUUCUUCCGCCGCGCCGCCUAUUCUUCCGUCACGCCGCCUAUUCUUCUGCCGAACCACCUUUUCUUCCGUCGCGCCGCCUAUUCUUCCGCCGCGCCGCCUAUUCUUCUGCCGAACCACAUUUUCUUCCGCCGCGCCGCCUAUUCUUCCGUCACGCCGCCUAUUCUUCUGCCGAACCACCUUUUCUUCCGUCGCGCCGCCUAUUCUUCCGUCGCGCCGCCUAUUCUUCUGCCGAACCACCUUUUUCUUCCGUCGCGCCGCCUAUUCUUCCGCCGCGCCGCCUAUUCUUCUGCCGAACCACAUUUUUUCUUCCGCCGCGCCGCCUAUUCUUCCGUCACGCCGCCUAUUCUUCUGCCGAACCACCUUUUCUUCCGCCGCGCCGCCUAUUCUUCCGUCGCGCCGCCUAUUCUUCCAUGAUGCACUUACAUCUAUCUAUCUAUCUAUCUAUCUAUCUAUCUAUCUAUCUAUCUAUCUAUGUAUCUGAGAAUAAACCGUAUCUAUCUAUCUAUCUAUCUAUCUAUCUAUCUAUCUAUCUAUCUAUCUAUCUAUCUAUCUAUCUAAUCAUUUGUUCUAUCUAUCUAUCUAUCUAUCUAUCUAUCUAUCUAUCUAUCUAA